ACGAACAACUCGUUACAUUUAUUAUCAUCAACUGUCCCAUUUUCUAACCAAUAAACCCCCCGUCACAUUAAUUCAUUAAAUAUUCUCUCCACCCACAGCCACCCAGCGAAGCACAUACGUUGAAGAAACAUUGAAGAGGACAGAGAGAAAAUGGACGAAGAUGAAAUCCAGAACUUCAUCAAGGUAUGGAUCAAAGCCAUCUCAUGCCUCUUCUACUGCUACUACGUAUCUUCAACCAUACCAAAAGGUCUCUUCAGGCUUUUCUCUCUUGUUCCAGUCUUCUUCGUCUUCCUUCUUCUUCCCUUAAACCUCCAUUCUUUCCACCUCGGUGGGCCCGCCACCUUCUUCCUCGUUUGGCUCUGCCCUUUCAAACUCUUACUUUUCUCCUUCGAUCAAGGCCCUCUCUCCCCCCUCCCUCCAAACAUCGUCCAUUUCAUUCUCAUCUCAUCUCUCCCAAUCAAGAUCAAACCUCAGAUCCAUACAAACAACCCAGAAAAGCGAGUCUCGAAAUCGAUUCUCUUCUUAAAACCGCUUCUCCUGGCUGCGAUCAUCCGCGCUUACGGGUACAGAGAUAACCUGCACCCGCAUUUCAUCUUGUUCCUAUACUGCUCCCACAUGUACCUCGGCUUGGAGCUCGUGCUGGGUCUCUGUGCGGCUCCUGCUCAAGCCGCUGGAUUCCAGAUCGAGCCGCAGUUCAAUGAGCCGUAUCUCAGCACGUCGCUUCAGGACUUCUGGGGUCGUAGGUGGAACCUCAUGGUAACCAGUAUUCUACGGCCCACCGUAUACGACCCUAUACGACAAAUAUCUACAAGCGUAUUGGGCCUGCACGGCCCAUUGCCAGCCACGCUAGCCACAUUCGUUGUGUCGGGUUUGAUGCAUGAGUUGAUAUAUUAUUACCUCACGCGAGUGACUCCCACGUGGGAGGUCACGUGGUUCUUUGUGUUGCACGGCGUGUGCACGGCCGUCGAGGUGGAGGUGAAGAAGGCGGCAGGUCGCCGUGGAUGGAGUCUGCACCAGGUGGUGUCGGGGCCACUGACGGUGUUGUUUUUGGCGGUCACCGGCGAGUGGUUGUUUUUCCCUCAGUUAGUUAGAAAUGGUGUGGAUAGGAAAGCCAUUGAGGAGUAUUGGGUGAUGGUUGAUUUUGUGAAGUCCAAGUUCUUACAAUAGCAUUGACGUCUUGUCUAGAAAGUGCUACGAUUUUAGGCGUUGGAAAUUAUAUAUAUAUUUUAGGGAAAUGGUAUACUAUUUUUUUCA